AUGCCUUUAUAUCGACAUCCACUACCCCCUUCAGUACCGCCUCCUCCUCGUCAACAUUUAAUUGCUCACGACAGAAACAAUUCAUUUCAUCACGCCACUGUACCCCCACCUCCACAACCACCCGCUCAGUCAUCUCGAGUUGGUGGAUAUGACAACCUUGGGUGGAAUGUACCAGAUUCAACUCAUCAAAGCUGCAACCAAAAUGUUUUCCCACCUGUACCUCCCAGUAACUUUCCUAAUACUAGUCUACCUCCACCCCCUCUAUCUAUGUAUCCAACAGAUACAAACCAAGUAGCACCCGUUCCACCCAUCAAAACGCCUUCAGUUCCUUAUUCCAGACCCCAGCAGGUCCUUUUUGUUGGUCCAAACCCUUCGUGUCCUCCUCCUCCUCCUCCCUUACCAAAUGCAGCGUGUCCUCCUCCCCCUCCACUACCCCCAGUUGUAUGUAAUCAGAAUAACCUAAAUUCGAACAAUUCCAGAAGCCAAAUAACCUCUUCUCUGCAAUCAAACAUACCUGUCCCUCAACCUGGGGCUUCUAGUUUCAUUCCUGCUACUCCCACGCCAAGUAACACAAAUCUAAAUAUUGGUCCAUCACCUCCAAUUCCUUCUCAAGACUUGCUAAUAACACUUCCGCCAAACUUUAAUGUUCCGCCUCCUAAUUUACCGACAUUGAAUAACAAUAUAACCGUACAACAACAAAGUUGCGAAUCUGUCGUCAAGGAAACGGAUAAGGAUGCGGCUGUUGAUAUCCAAAAACAGGAAGACCAAUCCUGGAUCAAUCAGCGAUUUUUGUGUCGUAAGCGUUGCUUGCCUCAAUCAACAACCAAAAAAGAAGAAUCAAUCACCAUAAGUGAAGCACAGAAGUUGAUUCGAGAAAUGUUCAUCUUAGCAGCCCAACUUCAACAACAAACCCAGAACCUUGAGUUAAUUACAGCUACUGCAUCUAAAGAUGAAUGGUUGAAAGAAGUUAAGAAGACUGAAGCAAUGAAGGAACAACUUGAACAAUUUCGUCACAAAGUGGACAAUCAAGAUCUCAUGGCUCAGUUAGAAAAGAAGGUGAAAAAAAGGCAAAAAGACAGGUAUGUAUGGACCAUACUUCCAAGAGGUGUCAUGUCUACCACAGGCUCCUAUCUGUCCUCUUCUCAUCGAUCUAACACUUCUUGCUACUUCAUUGAGAGGUUGAAACGUUCCCAAUCAAGACGCUACCAAGAGAAACAAGAGGCUUUGGCUCGGAGAAAUGAGCUGCACUCUCAGAUAGAUGAAUGGCUAAAUGCCAUUUCCCAAAAGGAAAUCCAACUUAAAAAGGAUAAAGAAAUGAAAAUCUGUGUAGAUUCAGUGCUCAGUGAAGUUAGAAAGAAGAAAUCAGAUGUUUCCAAAAUGUUAGAACUCAUUAAAGUUCUUAGUAAACUCAGAAAGGUCCGUAAAGAAAAUGUCGCUAAGAAAGGUUUGUAUACCUUGUUUCAUUGUGACCAAAAAUUUGAAGAAGAUAUUCCUCGGUUGCAAAGAAUGCUUAACCGUCAGAUGGAAAUUUAUGAAGCUGAACAACGAACUCUGAUGGUGAUGCUUGAGUGUGAACAAGAAGAAACCAAAGAAAGAGAACGUGCUCACUCGCAUAAAGUGCAAGCUGAGAUAGAGAAGAGAGAACAAAAAAGAGAACAACAGCUACUCUUUGGAAAAAGAACAAUAGAUGAUGAUGACCCAAUUUACCCUUUCAUGAAAUUUUAUAGUCAAGCUGAGUACAGCUGGGAAGCCUUCAUACAAAUCAGGAGAGACUGGGACAGUUAUUUGGUACCAGAGAACACUCCUGGAGCCAGCCGUAUCCCAAACUCAUGGGUGAUGCCUCCUGAACCAUCAGAUGCCAUAUGGGCUAAAUUCUUGGAGACUUGA